AUGUCCCCGCUGUCCCCGCAGGUGAUCCGGCUCCGGGCCGCCUUUGCCCAGGGCCCCGCGGUGGUUCUGGCCCUGGAGCUGCUGGUGGGGGACCUGGGGGGGCUCCUGCGCGCGGCCCCCGCCCCGCUGCCCCCGGCCCGCGUCAGGGCCCUGCUGGCCAUGACCCUGCGGGGGCUGGGCCACGUGCACGGCCAGCGCCUGCUGCACCGGGACCUCAAACCGGCCAAUCUGCUGCUGGACAGCGCCGGCCGCCUCAAGCUGGCGGAUUUCGGGCUGGCGCGGGUGCUGGGCCCCCCCUCGGGGCGCCCCUACAGCCACCAGGUGGCCACCAGGUGGUACCGAGCCCCCGAGCUGCUCUACGGCGCCCGGCACUACGACGAGGGCGUGGAUUUGUGGGCCGUGGGCUGCAUUUUCGGGGAGCUGCUGACGCUGUCGCCGCUGUUCCCGGGCGAGAACGACAUCGAGCAGCUGUGCUGCGUGCUGCGGGCGCUGGGCACGCCCAGCCCGCGCGACUGGCCGGAGCUGUCGGAGCUGCCGGAUUUCCCCAAGCUGCGGUUCCGGCCGCGGGCGGCGCCGCCGCUGCAGCAGCUGGUGCCGGGCGCGGAGCCGGCUGCGCUGGACCUGCUGCGGCGGCUGCU